AUGCCUUUACCUCGUAGUACUAAAGCGCCAAACGAGCAUCUUGUCUUCGUUAAGAACGUUCCCGGCUAUCUUGCGACUAAUGAGAUCCGCAGUGUAUUCGCCAGAUACAACCCAGCGAGCGUCAAGAAUGUCUAUCCGAACAGCAAUGUCACUACGGUCGUCAUAGGCUUCCGCACAAAGGACGAAGCAGCGCGUGCUCAAGCGGAAGCAGAUCAGACCCGCCUAGCGCAUGUCGUCCUAAAGGUGGAGAUGUACAGUCAGAAGCAAUCGGUUAGAUACCUGAGGGAUCAAGGACAAAUCCAUCGACCACGAGGCGCUGCGCAUGAAGAUAAACCGGGAUACUUUGACGAGGAGCCAGUCUUUACACCACUCCCAGAACCGCACACUCCGAGGAAUCCCACUGCCGCGCGAGAGGUGACCACUUGGGCUGACAUCGCCGGCAAUCGAUGUGCUCCGACCAAUCAGACACCUACUAUACCUGAGGUAGACAGCUCAGCUACUACAGAAUCCACGCCAAUAUCCACACCGCGCAUGCCAACAGCUGUCCCGCGGACGCUCUUCGCGGCCGACAUCAAGCAUAGAAGCUCCACGCUCCCACCCCCAGCGGCCGUUUCUUUAGGCUACAGCACUCCAGAAGCCAUCACUAUCCCGCCACCUGACAGCACUCACAGCACUAACACAUCCUUCACGGACGAGAUCGAAGUGCAGGUUGGAAGGUUGGGCGAUAUUGCAAGCUGGGAGACGGUCGCACAAUGGGCGCCUGAGAGUCGUCUUCACCAGUCCACACGCUUCCCAGCUGAGCCUCUUGACACCACGACGCGCAUUCGGGCGAGGCACUGUAGGAAUUGUGCCUUUUGUCGGAUGAGAAAUCGAUCCUACGUGCAAUAA